AUGAUUUGGAAGAAAAGGAAAGAAAACAUGCUAUCCUUGAACCAACGUUCAUGGGGUACCAGGGAAACAAGUACUGGCUUCUUUCAAAUAAGGUAUGAUAAAAUGUCUAUUUAUACGAGUUUUUGAAUUACAUAUUGGCGAUCACCAAAACUGUUUCUUUUAAAAACUGUUCGUAUAUUUAAACUUAAUUAUCUAAAAAUUAUAAAUCAUGAUCUAGAUACUUAGGAUACAUAUUUAGUUUUGUAUGUGUUUAUAUGUGAAAAAGCUGUAACGCUGAGAGAACGUUUUCGUAGUGUAAUCACGUAUUGAGGCAUUAUAAAACAUUGAGCGCACAAGAGAGAUAUUGGGUAUGUAUAGUUCUGUACUUUGCAAAUGUUUAUAUCAUUUUAAAAUAAAUUAUUAUCAUACAUAGUUACAGGUGGAGAAUGGCAAAAUACUCGACCCAAUCGAUCACAAAUAUAUGAUUGUGAAUGAUCACCUCAAGGAGUUCAGCCUAGAACCAAAUAGGGCUUUGCUGGAGGAUUUUGCAUACCUAAACAAUUCAAUCAAGGAGGUAUGACCAUAGUGCAUCUAUCCACCACUAGCUUGAUUUUUAUUCAAUAAUUUACAGCUAUCCUCAAUGAAUUCAACAGCCUAAUGGCUUAUAUAUAAUGACGUAUACUGUCUUCCUACCUUCCACGCACCUCAUAACGUCGCUAAUUAAAGAUAAAACAGUUUUCACAUUUUCUACUGUCAUAUCAUAUAAUGCUCUAAUCUCAGAACCUUUAUGUGUGAGAAACCAUUUUCCACUUCUUUCGUUCAUUAGCCAGCGCGAAAAUAAUGUGUGAAACAAUUACAAUAGCGUGGAAAGGAAUUGCAAUUGACAGUGAUGUAGACAUUGGUGUUAAUCCAUGAUUAUUAUGCUUUAAAGGUUCUUUGUACUUUCUGGAGGAUAUGGGCAAAAUGCUGCAGCAUUUCAUCUGGCAACAGCAUUUACUGUUUCCAGAAUGAUAAGAAAUGCGCUUAAUGCAAAGGAUGUUUGGAGUAAGUGAAAACUAGGCUAAUAUCAUAAAAAAUUAAUGUAAAACUCUUUACAAUAUAGGUAUAGUUGGGGAGAUGGCACUUGUUCCUAUACGGUUUCCACGAGAAACCAUUAAAAAAAGCAAAAAAGCAAGUAACCAAGCAAUGCAACAAAGUAUAAAAACGUGAAAGUUUUAAUGUUCCAAACUCAUGAUCCGGCUUUAUCUUUAUUUAGAGGAGAGUUCAGUGGGAAUGAUAUUCUCGCCACCAAAGUGUGUGGGAAAGUCCCUAAGUUUGUAUCUUUUGGCUCUGGGUCAAGGGGUACCUGAACGGGUAAACCUUAUGUUCCUACGUGGUGGGAACCAGCAGCUGUGCGGUAAAUCAAU